GGAGGACGGGGGAGGGAGGCAGACAGAAACUCGGGGAGCUCCUCCACACAACGGGGAGCGCUGGUUGUGCUUGUCGAAGGGAAGCUUGUCCAGCACGGAGCAUCCCCCUCCGUCUCCCGGUCACGGUUUAGCGUGUCAGAGCGGCGUUUGACUCCCGUCGCCACCUGGUCUUAUUUAUAACCGACGCAAAAAAAAAAAAAAAAGAAGAAAAAAAUCGGAUGGGACGUACCGCCGAGCAGAGCAGAGACACUCCCGGAAAUAGCAUGCGUACUCUCAGCCUGUCACGUAGGCUCGCUGAGGAUUUGCAUUGCUGUAUGGCUGCCGUAGGUAGAUUUCCGACGCUGCCUGAAUAUGUUUAAAAGGCGCACUGAACCAAACGCAGAGCUGCAGAGUGACUGCUGAAGUCAGAGCGGACCAAGUAUUGGGGACAUGAUACUUGCAGUGCUCCUCUCCGAAAGAGGAAGCAGCGGCUCAGUUGGAAAAUGAAGGGAGGACGUGAGGUACGUGUGCACCCAGCAGACGACGAGAUCAAAUGGAGAGUUUGGGGCUGAAGGAGCUCUUGAAGACAAACUCUCGCCUUGGACCAACAGUCUUGUCAGAGUCGCAGGAGAGAAGAAGCCAGCAGACAGAGAUCUACAGCUCAUACCAGGCAGACAUGGGUCUGAACGGUUUCUGCGCAGGGCCCACUGGGACUCAGACGGCUGCUGAGCUCCUCGCCGACAUGGCCUCACAGACAAACUCCCCGGGCAUCACCAGCCCAACAAAGCAGUCCAAAAGCGGCGUUCCGCUCUACAACGGUGGGGUGGUGUCUCCGUCUGCCACCGUGGAGGCCAGCCAGGCUGAAGCUUUGGCCCACACGCCCCAUAGUUACCCGGGUCAAGUGAAUGGGAUGGGCGCAAAGACGGGUGGCUCCGUCUGCACUUUUAACAGUAGAGGCCUCACGAUAGAGGAUGGGGACAGAACUGCUCAUGACAUAUGCUCUUUAGGAACGAGGAAAAUCAACGAGGACCUGAAAGUCAGGCAGGCACAGCAACAGCAGAAGAGGAGGAAUGGAGAGAAUUGGGACGGUGGAUCAGAAAUCCUCAAUGGCCAUGUCAUGGGGUCGCCAGGGUUAGGAUGCUCAGCAGACCUGGAUUGUGGAGCAGGGGAGUCAGAUUUAAAGCGGCGGAAGUUGGCUGAUGGAACUGUUGCUAACAAAUCAUCCGAACCACGCAGAGUGGCCCGAGCAGUCGCCCCGCUUAGAGACACCGUCAACAGCAGCAGCUCUCACAACCAUCCAAACUGCUCUCCUGAAAAUGCUAACUUGCGAAAUGGACAUUACACUGCAUCCCCAGAUCCUGCAGCUGUACCAAGCCUACACUCCAUCCCUGGCCUGCUGCCUCCUGCAGGGACCGGCUGGUCAGCGGAGCGCAUCGCCAAGCAGUACAUCAUCCCCUGCAUGAAGUACUACGGUAUUUGUGUGAAGGAUAACUUCCUCGGCGUGCAACUGGGAGACAGUGUCCUGAAGGAGGUGGAGGCUCUGAACCAGAGUGGGAAGUUCCGGGGCGGACAGCUGGUGAGCCAGGCGGACAUUCCCUCCCGGAACAUCCGAGGCGACCAGAUCGCCUGGGUGAAGGGGCAGGAGCGAGAGUGCCAAAGCAUCGGGACGCUGAUGGCUCACAUUGACGAGGCCAUCUUGUACAGCGCUGCCAAUGGACAGCUGGGGAACUGUGUCAUCAAUGGACGCACUAAGGCCAUGGUUGCUUGUUAUCCAGGGAAUGGGGCUGGAUACGUCCGCCAUGUUGACAACCCAAACGGCGAUGGACGCUGCCUCACAUGCAUCUACUAUCUUAACAAGAACUGGGAUGUUAAGACACACGGAGGUUUGUUGCAGAUCUACCCCGAGGGCAAAAACGUGGUGGCCAAUAUCGAGCCUGUGUUUGACCGGCUGCUCAUCUUCUGGUCUGACCGCAGAAACCCACAUGAAGUGAAGCCAUCUUACGUCACUCGGUAUGCCAUCACAGUCUGGUACUUUGACGCCAAAGAGAGGUCGGAGGCUAAAGAGAAGUACAAACUGGCAACAGGACAGAAGGGCAUUCAAGUGCCUGUCACUCAGAACAGCAGGUCAUAAAAAAAUCUCUCCCAAGUGUCCAGAGAGUACCCUCAAAGUAUUAUGUGCCUUCCUCUACCGCUGACGGACACUACGAUCACAAUGGGAGGCGCGGUGAAACCUCCAGCAAGCGUCCAGCUGCUUGAUUCACACGGCGAGCCGCAGGGUGAGGAUCCGGCUGCUGAUCAAACACCUGGCAGGAAUAACAGGAGCACAGCGGACUGGCUCGGACGGCAACGGUGGGCUCAGAAGAUAUGAGACUGGAUGGAAAAAAAAAAAACAGAACAAAGACUUUGACAUCUCGAAGGCGCCCCCACUACAAAACAAAAUGACUGACUGUUGUUUUUUCGUUGCAGUUCUUCUUCUUCAGUUUUCAGCGAUUUUGUGAUGUUUUAACACAUCAAUGAAAGAGCAUUGAAAUCUAAGUCCUAAGUUCCUUUAUCUCACUUGUAUGUGACGGUGGCCUCGUCUCUCGGCGGUGUGUGUGUGUGUGUGUGUGCGUGGGCGUGUGACAAGAAACAAGGGCCGAAUAUUGGCUUCAGGCUCAACAUUUCAGAUGAGGACAGCAGUUUUAUUCUCGACAAGUGCAUCUCAAUCAAUUAAAAUAAUUUGAUUCAGAUUCCUUAAUGUAUUUAUUUCAGUUUUGAUGAUUACGCUCAUUAAAUCAUCCAUUGUUACACGUUCUGCUGAAAAAAUGAAUGUGAAUCUUUGUAGGGUUUUCAGCAGAUGGAAGCAUGAAGUCCUCUGGAAAAUUUUUGGAAGACACAAUCAUGCUUUAAAUUUGAAGGGUUUUGCUUCAGAGCCCUCUCCAGGCUAACCUUAUCCCUGUUGCUUGUGAAACCUUUUCCUUCCACUCAACUUUUCAGUAAUAUGGUUGGAUACUGCAUACAGACUUCUAAAUGGCCUUAGCAUCACAUUACUCUCAAGUCUACAGUUCUUCCUGAUGCUUGUUCAAAAUUGCUUCCACUCAACUUUAUAUGAUUUGAAACAGCACAGUAUGAACAGCCAACUUCUUUAGCAGUGACGUUAAAUAAAAAGUUACUGCUAAAGUGACUUUUUAUUUAAAGUGCUGCUGAAUAACGUCUGUCAAGUCAGCAGUUUGUCUUUUGUGCACCUAAUUCCACCAAAGUUUUGCCUUCCACUCAACCUUCCAGAAAUAUGCUUUGAAAAGUGAUGUUAUAUUUAAAUUUUCUGAGAAGCUGAAUUACAAGUUGUCUUUCGCCACAAUCAUCGAAAUGAACCGAAAUACAGUAAAUACUUAAAAAAUUCACCAUCGUGUGCAAGGAAUCUGUAUAAAAUGAAUAUUGCUUCUUGAAUUGAAUUACUGAAAGAAAGCUUUUCAUGAUUUUUCUAAUUAAUUGAGAUGCACCUGCAGAACACAUCAAGUGGACAAACUUUUACAGGACGUUUUGCUUUUCGUAGCUUAGAAUAAUUUUUUUCAUCCAGACUCAAAACUGCAGCUCGACAUAACGCCCAGGAAUCCACAGUGAAUAUAUAUCUUGGGGAUUUGUUCAUUAGCGUGUUGAUCUCUGCGCACAGCUCACACCUGAGACAAGAGGCAGGCGGUUCUGCUAAGGGCAAACGAGAUGGCGGGGGGUUGAACAAGUUCCCUGUGUGUGUUAAUGUUGCUUUUCUGUGUGUUCAUACCAAGAUGGACCAGAGUGGAACAAAUCCGGCCGAGAAAUUCCCCCACAGAAAAAGGACAACGUGACAGCAGCUUAAGCAAAGUUUUUUUUUCAUAAUCUUAUGACUGAAAAUCUGUUGGUCUCUAAACUUAAGACAAUUGGAGUGUAAAGCACAGAUUUUUUUUUUUUUACAACUAAACACCGUGGGUGAAAUAUUUGCCUGCUCACAUGUGGGAUUGAGUAUUUCAGAGUGUACAUGUUGGUGUGUCGAUUUCCACUGACCCCGGAGAGGAGUCGCAGGUAUUGUCUCAGUGUUUUUUUUGUUUGUUUGUUUUGUUUGCUUGAUUGGUUGAACAGAAGGUUAUUUGACAAAAAAAAUUAAAAGCACUUUAUUGUUUAAACACAGUCAGCCAUGUGUGAAUGAUAGAAAUAGUGUAAAGAUUUAGGUUAAUGCCUUUUAAUGCUGUGGAUGAUUUGGUAUUCGAAUGCAAUACAAACUUAAACAGUGAGUUUAAAUAAAUGUUAUGCCUUGUUUUGAAGUAUUUAA